AGAUUGUUCAAAUUUUAAGGCCCAAUGAUCCUAUCUGGCCCAGCCCAUAUCAUUAACCGUGCAGUGCAGAAACCCUUUUCAGCUCUACAGCCGCUUCUUCACUCAGCAGGCAUCUGCCACCAAUUAGCUUUGGGGUUUCCUGUCUCAAGUAACGUUCACCAAAUCGACGGCGGCGGCGACGACGGAAGUCGACAGGGUUCAGACGCCGCAGCCAUGACGACCGUUGUUCCAACCUCCGAGGAAGAUCCAGCGCUUGCCGUUGUCCGUUUCACCGCCGAGAUGUCAUGGGCGGACGCCGGCCCAGAGGUGGCGGAGCCUCAGGUUAGUCGACUGUGUAUAGAAGCACAGGAAUGCAUGAUAGGUGGCAGGUGGCUGGAUUUGGUUUCUCUGAUGCUUACAUCUGCAGACUUGGUAUUUGCUAAAGCUUCGGAGAAAGAUCUCGAGUGCAUUUUCACUAUAAUUUCCAACAUCGUGAAGAAGCCUGAGAGUCUGGAUCAAGUGCAUGAGAUAGCUGAGCUUAUAUCAUCAAAAAUCGUGCAGCAACCAAAUGAAAAACCUUCGUUGCGCUUAAAAAUCUUGUUCAACCUCUACAAUCUUCUCGACAACCCAUAUAGCCGCUUCAUUGUAUACAUGAAGGCACUAAAUUUGGCAACCAAUGCAAAGGUCACUGAACAUGUUCUGCCAUCAUUUAAAAAGAUGGACAACUUUUUGAAGGAAUGGAAUAUUGGGGUGAAGGAUCAGAGGGAGCUUUUUCUCGCCAUUUCUAAUAUAUUGAAAGAACACAAAGGGCACACCAAAGAGUCUUUCAAGUUUCUUACAAGGUAUCUGGCAACCUUUUCUGGUGAUGACACACAGACUAUGAAUGAAGCCAAGAGUGCUGCUGUCAACACUAUUAUUGAAUUUGUCAAAUUGCCUGAUAUGUUUCAGUGUGAUUUGCUUGAUAUGCCUGCUGUGGCACAAUUGGAGAAAGAUGCCAUUUAUGCACCAGUGUAUCAACUUCUUAAGAUCUUUCUGACUCAAAGGCUAGAUGCAUACAUGGCUUUUGAAGCAUCAAAUUCUACUUUACUGAAAACAUAUGGACUAGUCCAUGAAGAUUGCAUUACAAAGAUGAGGUUAUUGUCAUUGGUGGACCUGGGCUCCAAAGAAUCUGACCGAAUUCCUUAUUCUGUGAUCAAGGAUGUUCUUCAGAUUGAUGUUAAUGAGGUCGAGUCAUGGGUCGUCAAGGCAAUCACUGCAAAGUUAUUCAAUUGUAAAAUUGAUCAAAUGAAUCAAGUUGUAAUUGUGAGCUAUGCGGUUGAGCGUGUCUUUGGCCCAAAACAAUGGAAAGCUCUCCAAACAAAGCUUGAGACAUGGAAGGGAAAUAUUGCCAAUCUUCUCAGCACCAUUCAAGCAAACAAGAUAGUCGACGAUGGUUCCCAAGCUACGCAAGGGGCAAUGAUUCGUUAAAAAAUUUUUUGGUUUGGUUUCUUUAGUUUUUGUUUGAAAUGUAGUUCAAAGUUUUCCUUAAAACUUGGGAUGAAUGCCCUGCCAAUGUACUAGUAAAUGGAGUAUCUUAUUCUAGCCGUACUCUGUAAUUCAUCCAAAAAAAUCUGAAAUGUGGAAAACUCUCACGCAGAAUGUUUUUGCAUUUUUUGUCUUUGAUAACAGCAAUCUAAUUCCAUGCAUUGGCAUUUUUUCUUCUCUGCAUUUUUUUUUGAAAAGUAUUAAUUGUUUAAGGUA